GCUAUUCUUAGGCAGCCUGGUCGGCCAGAAAGUCACCCGCAAUGCUGAUUAAUAUCAUAAUCGCAGCCCGGAAAAGUCACAUUUUGUCGUUUUGGAUUUUGAAAGUGGAGUUGACGGGCGAGUUUGGGGCGUCGCCCACUUCUCCCCGUGUGUAUUUUAAUGUGUAUUUGUUUGUGUGUCGCCAACUAACCACCCACCCGCGGGCGCCCCGCCCAGCCGGUUUGCCCCCCCCCCCCACCCGCGAGGAUCCGCGCAGCCAGGCCCCCGAUUUGAGGUGUUGGGGGGGGGGGGGGUUUGCGCUGCAGACCACAGCAGCGGGCUAGCGGGGCCAGCGCGGAGAGCCAGGACUCGCUCGCACGUACGCAUCGACAGACGGGAGGCGACAUGAGCACGUACACGGUGACCCUGAGCGGCCCGGCGCCGUGGGGCUUUCGGCUGCAGGGCGGGAAGGACUUCAACAUGCCCCUCACCAUCUCCAGGAUAACACCCGGCAGCAAAGCGUCGGGCGGCAGCCUGGCGCAGGGCGACAUCAUCUCGGCUAUCGACGGGGUCAGCACCGAGGGCCUGACGCACCUGGAGGCCCAGAACAAGAUCAAGAUGGCCACUAGCCGCCUGGUGCUCAGCAUGCAGAAGUCCAGACGUCCUGCGCCCGUCCCCACUGCCACCCCCAGGAUGGACUCCCCCAUGCCUGUCAUCCCCCACCAGAAGGUCAUCGCCAACACGCCCGCAAACCUGGAGUACACCCCCAGCUUCAACCCCAUCGCCCUGAAAGACUCGGCCCUGUCCACCCACAAGCCCAUCGAGGUGCGGGGCCCCGGCGGCAAGGCCACCAUCGUGCACGCGCAGUACAACACGCCCAUCAGCAUGUACUCGCAGGACGCCAUCAUGGACGCCAUCGCCGGACAGUCGCAGGCUAAAGGUCACGAGGGUGAGGAGGCGGGAUCCCCCUUGGCCGGGGUGCUGCCCAUGAAGGACCCGGUGGUGGACUGCGCCUCGCCCGUGUACCAGGCGGUGAUCAGGCCCAGCGACAACGCCCUGGACUUGUCCGAGUGGGCUCGGCGCGCCGCCAACCUGCAGUCCAAGAGCUUCAGGAUGCUGGCCCACAUCACCGGGACCGAAUACAUGCAAGACCCAAACGAAGAAGCGCUGCAGAAGUCGAGAGAAAAGUUUCUGUCUGAGAUGCGAGGUCCUCGCUUCGCCAAGCUGCGGAAAUGGCACCACGGAUUGUCUGCACAGAUCCUCAACGUCCAAGAGUAGAAGAAGAAGAAGAAGAAACCAGAGAGCAAGGAAGGAUGCAAAGGGAGGGAGCAAGGAAGGAAGGAAGGAAGGAAGGAAGGAAGGAAGGAAGGAAGGGGGCAUAUGGAGCAGUAUAAAAACACACGGGAAAUAAAUUCAAGACGAGGAAUGCGAGUUAGUGUCGCUUAUAGACUAGUAAAAUGUGAAACUGUUAGCGUGAGAACACCUCACUAUAUCAUAUUGUAUACAUAUUGCUGUACUGUAUGUGUAUACAGUAGGUCCGUGUCUGCCGCCGAGCUCUGCAUAUUGUCGUUUCCUCUGUGCUCCCGUUGAGUGUACAAAAGCGAAAUAAUAUCACGCAGACGUGUCCGUCCUCGUGUACAAACGCAGGGACAGGAAGUUGUCACACACACACACGUUUGGACACCCCCCCCCCCACAAAGACAAUAUGUAAAAAAUGCACUCAAAAUAAAAUGAUGUCAAUGUGAAUAAACGUUUUCCUAAACUGACAUCGAUGCAUUGUGACAUCGUGAAUACAAUUUGCAUUAAUAUAAUAUUGUUGUGGGGGGAGGGGGGGGUCAUACAAUGUAAUGUGAUCUGACUUUUUAAUAGAAAAAAAUAAUUCCCCUCAAAAUACCGAACUUUUUCCGAAUAAGAUUUUUUUUCCUGUCAUUUCACAUCCUUGAAACUGUAAAGUUAA